CGGAAACGUCAAACCGUGCAUGCGAUAAGCAACAAAUCGCAAGCAUCGGCUGCGCACAACAUAACAGAGCGGAAAAGAUUCGCCAACAAAUACAUUCUUUUGUUGAUAUUUUCUACCAAACAUUGCCGAAAUUUGCUAUUGAAUGGCUUCAGCGACACCUCAGGGAGCAAAGCUGCUCUAUGGGUUGAGGAAAUCGAACAAAUUCGCCAAAGGGCUCGGGGCCAUGCUGCCCCAGGCUUACCGGAAGUUUUGGAACGAAUGGAAAAACCAAACGCCCGCGGCCGUCCAUUACGUCCCGAAGGAUGGUAUGUUCCAGCGGGAAGACAUUACCGGGCUCGUAUCGCCCAUCCAGAACGUGCCACUGCCGCUCAUUGAUCCGCCGGAAGCGCACGACGGCAUCUGGGGCGGUGAGGCGGUGAUCAAGGGCUUCCAGAAGCGCAACCAGUACAAACGGCGCGUGCCACACUUCUGGGUGCCGGUGCUGCGCCGCUCGGUCGUGCACAGCCGGGUGCUGAACGAGUACAUGGCGGUGACGGUGACCGAUAGGACGCUCGCCCAGAUCCACGACCACCAUGGGUUCGAUCACUAUCUGCUGAAAACCCCGGCCUGCGAUCUACGCUCACUGCUCGCCAUCAAGCUGAAGAAGAAAGUGCUGGAAGAGCUGGCCGCUGGCUGCCCGCGGCUGGCGGCGGAACCGUCCAAGCAGCAGGAGUACCUGAAAGAGUUCGCCUGCUACCUGGAGCAGUACACGCCGGAGGAGAUCGAGUGGUACGGGCUGACCUAUACCGAGGCGCUGAUGAAGAUGAAAAGCAUCACCGAAGAGCACGACGCCCAGCUGCCCCAGAAGCUGCUGUUCCGGCAGAAGCUGAUCGAGCAGCUGCGGGAGGCCGGCAUCCGGGAAGCGCAGGAAGGCGAAAGUGGCGGAUCCGAGGUGGAGGAGCUGAAGGGAAUCAAGGAUUCUGCCUCCUCCUCUUGGUUGUCGAAGCUUAGCUUUAAACCGAAAAAUUGGUAGACUGAGGGUGGCGACGCGUCUUUCGUUAGUGUGCGUGUGUGUAAUUUGGGUGAAUUAGAAGUACGCGCGGGAGUCCUGUUUUAAUUUCACUGUCUGUGCCAGUGAAUAAAACCACCAUCAAAACGCGCCUGUUAAUAAUAGUAACCAAACAAAAACAAAA